UUUUGAAUGCUUACUUAAACCAAAAUGAAUCCAAAAGGUGACCAUAGAAGCCUCACAGAAGACAUGCAGUGGAGCAGCGCAUCUCCUCUCCUCCUCAUCCCGCAACCGCCUGGAGGCGAGCGCGCGCAACUACACCACUGCCCGUGCCUCCUCCUCGCAGCGUUGGUCGCCCUCCAUCGCCUCUCCUUUCCUCCUGUACCAUAACAGAUGGUGGGAACAACAUUGCAUCCACCGGGUACCACGACAAUAGAGCGCAGCUUCCACUCCCGACCACGCUGGCCUUGCACCGUUAUGCUCCUCGUGCAGGACCACGCGAGGCUGUGAGUGCCGUCGUGAUUCAUUUCACGCGGUACCACCACCACCACCACGGCCACGGAGGAACCUUCCUGCGACUGUUCGAGCUCUCCGUCGAGCGGGGAAGAUGGCCGCGAUGAAAAUACUAACAGGCACGGGGCUAUUCCUGGCUUUCUGUGCGCUCGGGCUGCUCGCCAUGGCGAUCUGCACCGAUUACUGGUACGAAACCGACGCGAGGAGACAUCGGGAGAGGUGUAAAAACUAUGCCAACAAGCGAAACGACCCCGGCUACAUCUACAUUUCAAACCAGAACCUCCCCCUCCAGAUGCCUCCAAAGAGCCUGGAGAUGAAAGGUAACGGCCCAGAUGCUCGGGCUCUCAUCCGGGGGAAGCGGCACUUCAUGGCCGCCGCGUCUCCCAUGGAGUCCCACUGCAGCCGGCAGUUUAACUCCACCAUCUCCGGGCUGUGGAGGAAGUGCCACCGGGAGGGAUUCGACCUGGAGACCGAGGACCUGAUCUACAAAGGAAUAAUUCAAAGAUGUACCGCAGUCAAGUAUCACUACUCUUCGUCCAUCCUACCACGAAAUCUACCCAUCAACAUCACAAAGACCAUACGACAGGAUGAGUGGCAUGCACUCCAUCUAAGAAGAAUGACGGCUGGCUUUGUGGGCAUGGCCGUGUCCAUCAUUCUCUUUGGCUGGAUCAUCGGAGUGCUGGGAUGCUGCCAGCAGCAUGACCUCAUGCAAUAUGUAGCUGGCCUACUCUUUCUCAUGGGAGGAACAUGCUGCAUCAUCUCCUUGUGCACAUGUGUGGCAGGAAUCAACUUUGAGUUGUCCCGCUACCCCCGCUACAUGUACGGCCUCCCCGAGGACAUUAGCCAUGGCUAUGGCUGGUCCAUGUUCUGUGCCUGGGGAGGCCUGGGUCUCACAUUGUUGGCUGGCUUCCUCUGCACCUUGGCCCCCUCCCUGAGCACGCCCACUCGCACGACGUCCCACAAGCCGAGGCAGGAGAAUGGAACCGUGUGACAGAGGCCUUGUGAAGCGACUGACCCCACCGAACGCACAAACAGCACCCUUCCAACCUUGAUGUUUAACUCUAAAACAGUUUUUGUCUGAUCACCAUCCCACACCAUCCUCGACAUCGCCAUUCCCCCUCAGUGUUCAGUGUGCCUGAGUUGUGACAGAAGGAGCAAAGUAAUGACAAACUUCACACACCUAAUCUCAUAAGAAUCCCAGAGGCACCUCGAGGGACACCAAGACUAACACCUACAGUAACUUAUGUCUGGGGCUCGGCUCUCAUAGCACAAAUAAGACAUUUUUUGGUUGAGAUGUUCGACAGGUUGACUUUUGUGGCGAUCUAAAGGUGACUUUUUUUUCUGAAGAGGAUUUGUCUUAAAAUGGUGCUCUCUUAAAAACAUAAAGCCACACACACUCCCACGCAACACUUAUACAAAAAAAAAAACACACACACACAUGCACACACCAGAACAUGCUUUUCCACACAUUCUCUGGAUGAAUCAUGGGAAAAAUCCAUCAAAAGGAAAGACAAAAAACACACACACACACACACACACACACACACACAAACAUCAGGCCAGAGCAUUUUGUCAGCAUUCCUCUUUCAGUCGAGUGAUGUGAGCUGUGUUAUUGUUCGUAAUGAGAAAAAAAAGAGAAAAAAACUGUUGUUGACUGCCCAUUGCUUAUCUUUAGUGUAGCACACUAACUGAUAUGAAACAUGAGCCCUGGGGGUAACGUCUCAGCCUCUGCAGAGCACAAAAUGGAUUUAGCAGCGUGGUCAAGAUAAACUACACUUAAGAAACAUCUGCAUUGAAAAGAAAAAUAGUUUGAUGCUUCUUUAAAGAUUCUAUAUGUACAAAGCAUCUCUAUGUAGAUCCAGAUCAUUGUUUGUGUAAAUUAGAUUUUGAAUAACAAAGUUAGCUUUCUGUUGGUUUAGAGGUGAUGAGGCCUGACAAUAAGGAGAUCAUUAGGAGUUACAGGGUGCCGCCAGGAGCAUGAGAGCAUUAUUGGAUUCAGCAACGUGAAGGUAUUUUGUCGAUGCUACUCAGUUGUUUGCUGACAAGAGCAAAACAUGAAACCAAACUGUGGAGGGAGUGUCGGAUUCCUCUUUUGUUUACCCUCAAUAUUGGUCAGGCUUUUUGUGUAAUUACAAGGGGGAAGCAAAUGCAACUUCUGUGAUAAAAACAAAAGCACAAACUGCGUUCCAAACCAUUAUCUGCACCAAGUACAACAACAUGGUAACAUCCCACAUUAGUGCAGGGCCAAAUUGUCAUCCUGUUAUGCUAAAUGUGACAUGCAGAAUAUAUAAAAUCAUAUUUGUGAUGGACAUUGUUGUUCCCUCAAAGCAACGCGCACUGGAACAAACAAAUGGAUGGAAUAAACAUGUUUGAUUUUAACUUUAAGAUUGAUGACGGCAUUCCAAAUUUGAGUUGACUGAUGUGCUUAACACAUGUCUUGAGCAGUAAAAUAGAUAUUCAUUGUGUAAUCAUUUACACGGUGGUAAAAUGUAUAUUAUAUAGUGUGCACACUAUUCUGAAUUAAUGGUGACGUUGUUAAUUGACGAAGAAAAGCACAGAUAGUAUUUUGGAAAGGACUCCAGUGAUGCUCUGUAAGCUAUGCUACGUUUUUUUUGUUGAGGUGCACACAAAUUAAAAAGAGGAAGUAUAAUCACAAGUAUCUAUGGUAAAAAGUGUUAACAUUCCAGACAAUCAAAAUUGAAAUGCCAUUUUCAAAUUAACAGUUGGAUUUUAGUGUAUGUGGUGCAUACUUUGAAUUGUGUGUUGUACGUACAAUUCAGUUAAAUGCGCCAGUUUUUUUGUACUAACUUUAAUACGUAGAAUAUGGGAUGGAGCCACGGGAAAGGUUUAAAAAAAAAAGAGUGUAGCAGAUAGGACUACAGUUUAUUCAGUGGAAAAUGUAUAAACGAUUCUCUCUGUGACACUGGCGGGUGAUAAUAACUCAAAGCAGCCCGUUUUCUCUUACUGUACCCCCUCUCCCCCCUUCGUAGUCAUUAGAAAUCAUUCAUAUUAAAAUGUUCAAGGUCACUUCAUAAAACAAGAAUAUUACAGCCAUGUGUGAUGACGUUUUUAUAAAGUGCUGGGGGAUGAGUCAUGAGAUGUUCUACCAGACAUGUCAAUUAACUUUCUUAGAAAAAAAAGUGUUAUAAUGUGUGUUGACGACACUGUGCGUGAUGUUCAGUCCUUUCACCAUCACCAUGGACCUCUUCAAGAGGCUACCACUUUUCAGAAGUCGAGGCAAUUAACUGAGGCAUGUGUGAAAACUGUAACUUCAGUGUCUUGUUGAAUCUUUGCACUUUGCUGGGUCUCAUAAAAGUCCGCAAACUUGAAGUCCUAGCGGGUGGAGUUCUACGUUAUAUGUUUGCAAGGUCAAAUGAGGGCGCAAAGGAGCAUGUAACAAGCACCCUGUUGUGUCUUUUACAAACAGUGUAGGGUCGGUCGGUCUAAGCUCUUAUUGUGAAAAUAUUUAUGCCGGAAACAAAGACAGACCUUAAAUAUGAAAAUGUCAAUACACUAACAACUGAGUCAGUAAAUUCCCUGACGUCCUCACAGAAUGCAAAGCUGUUUUGGUGUUUUGGUUUUAUAAAGUUAUGAGUUCACACCCCAACUAAUGUGCAGUAAUAUUACUGUCAGCAGUAAACCAUAAUGUAUAAUUACAUGGUGCAAUUAUAAUGUGUUGUUAGGACUGAAGCACAAUUGCACACAAAGUUUGUUUGUGUGUUGGAGUUGGAAAUUGAAUUUUUCCAGUACUGAUGUGCCACCACUGCACACGUGCAGGACUUUGUCAAAAAGUAUUACAAGCAAAAAUUUGAAAAGCAUAUAUUUACGCCCCGUAUGUCUAAUACAUUUAAAAAGACAACAUUAACAAACUAACAACGUCUAUAUUUUAAAACAAGUAUUUUGUCUUUGAUCGGAUUAACUUUAGAAAUGGAAGAACAGUAGCACACAGUAGCAAGACUGACAAAACAUUAACAAGUAUGUGCUUUAGAGAACAAAUGGGGUCAACACAGUGUAACAAUGUAUUUGAAAUGGUUGUAAAAAUCCCUCCAAACUGGCAACCUCCUGUGUUUCAUGAGGAACUUAGAGAUGUACUCUGUGCAACGAGAGAUGCUCUGUGAAAACGCCAUCGUUUAGAGUGGCAAUUGUUUCAGUAGCACAGCUAUUAUUUUCUACAAGUCAUUUAUACUGGUUCGAUCCACUGCAGAUGUUACGUGGGGACUAAAGAGACAUUACAGUCUUGCAUGAUCUCAUUACAGUUAGUUUCUUUCAAUAUAUCAAAACUUGUGUCCAUUUUUAAUUGAUUUAUUUUACUGAAAUAAAACAUCUAAUUACUAGCGUG